AUUUUUUUAAAUACUGUUAAUUCACAUGUAGAUGUUCUAUAUAAUUUAGACCUUAUAGAUAAAUUUAUAACCUUUAAUAUAUUUUUGUGAUUUGAUGAACUUGAUCGUUGAAUUAAUUAAUUACACUAAUAAAUACUUAAAUGAGCUGGAUUUAUUAACUUAUGUUCUUCCGCUGCCUUUUACUGAUGAUAAUAUUUUAACUCAAAAAUGUUUACUUUCCAAAUUACUUUCAAACUCCUCUUAUCUCUCCAAGGGUCAACUUUACCACACUCUUUUACACAUUAUUAAUCUCAUCAAUUCUCAUACCACUAAUGCUACUCUUAAUGCAGUUGACACUACAGUUGCCACUCCUAACACUGUUGACACUGGUAACACUAUUUCAAAAUCUAAGACCAAUAAAAACAUGUUGGAUUAUAACAAGUAUAUAAAUGUGUAUGAUACGGUAUAUAAACGGAACGUGGAGGAGCGAGUUCUGAAUAAAAGAAGCACUAGGCUAAUGGACAAAUCUCUUGAGGAAGUUGAUUCAUUCACUGAAAUUCACACUCCCGAAGAAAUCGCAAAUAGUAUUUUUGAGUUAUUGAAGAUGAUUUGUGAUCCUUUAUCUGUUGGAUUUAUUUUAAUUAUUGGUUGUAAAUUACUUGGUAACGCGGUUGCUGAAUCUGAGGUAACAUCAAUAAUCCCACUGGCAGGCGGCGUUGUUCAAUUACUGGACCCUGAAGAACACUGUAUUAAAGGUGUUUGGUGUGACCCAAACCUUCCGCCAAAAGCUCAAUCUGAGCUCUGUAAAAUUCUUUUCCUUCGUUUACUUUCUCAUGCCUUUAACUUCCCAUUUCCUGGAACCAACACGACUCAACGCUUCAAACACAUUUCAAUCCUAAACGUCUAUGGCAUUUUGUUUCCCAAAUGUUUAUACAAUUUUCUCGUUAAAAGUUUAAAGUUUGGCAGACAUUAUGAAACUGGUGCUAGUGGCGGAUCUCAUGAGGACUCCGCCACAAACCCUUGCAAGUGUCUGAGACUCUCUGGUUCUGAGGAUUCGCAUCUCUUUUGGGGCAUUUCUGAGUCUAGACUCAAGACCUCUUACUCCUCAAUCAAAUCACAACUACCAAUUUCACCUUCCAAUGAUAUCCACAAAUAUUUACACUCAAUUUACACAUAAAUAUUUUUAAUCUACCCCCAAUUGGGGUCAAUUUAGUACUAUUUUAA